CCAAUGGACUCACCGACGUUUAACCCAACCUGGAACAUGGAGUCUACUCAGGUGCCUGCUGAAGGAAAUUCAGCUGACGCUCAAGCUGUCUCAGAACUACUAGCAAAGAACCUUGGUAACUUGACUCUCAACCCUGACAUCAAACUGUCUCCACUGCCACCAGAAAGUUCACCCAAAAAGCAGGAGAAAGGAAAGAGCUUACAGAGCCUUGGCCUUGGGCUAGGGCUGGGUGAAGGCCUGCUCCUUGAAAAAAGGCAUGGAGUGAGGACAGUGGCGAGUGUUCGGAAAGAAAGGAUGCAAAGGGCCUUACAAGUGAUUAGAUUCUGCACCCUGUCUCUGCUUAAAAAAACCCCAGAGGAGAGGAAACUUGAGAUUGAAGCAAGAACCAGAAAAUUUAGAUGUUCCUGUCUUUACUGCCUACAUUAUGGAGAUCUUUCUGAUUAUAUUGAAAUGAAGAAUAGUUAUGACAUGGGGUUGGUUUAG